GGUGGUUUCUCUCUUGGGCCGUGCCGUCGCGGACGGUUCAACCUAGCGAAGCUCUGGCUGGUAGUUAGUACUUGUUUGCCUUGCGUUGUGAACGGAACGGUCGGACGGUCGUCGCGCGUGUUGCCACGCGUGUUGCGUAUAAGGAGGUUGCGCGUCCUCUAAAGUGUGUCGCGCAAGUUGGUUGGGAAACUCGGAAUCCCUGUGUUCGUAGGAACCAACAGCUACAACGCGGUGUAAACAUGGUGAUGGCCGAUCGUUGACGAUCAAUCGGAUGCCUGUUUUAGCUUAAAAGUGGCCAUAAUUUACGAAAGGCGAGAUGCGUCUGUCGGCUAGGAUUAAAUGCUUCAGAUAUUUGGUGUACGCGUAUAUUGUCCUGAUCUCGAUUUGUGGUGGCGCCCAGCUGGUGAUAGGAGCGUUCCUGCUAUGGACUCACCGGCAGUACUCCGGCCUGGUGAACAACCAAUUUUGGGAACCCUUUGGAUUGAUUAUAGCGCUCGGCUUGGUGUCCCAGCUGCUCUGCUAUCUGGGGUGGACUUCGACGAGCAAGAAGCAUCGAUGCUACCUGGGGACGUUCUGCGCCUUCCUGGUGGCCCUAAUCGUGGUUCAAUUUCUGAUCAGCGGAUGGGCCGUAGCCGCGAAGCACCAGCUCAUCACUCCGGCCGAACUGGCCAUCGAGUCCAGCUUUCACCAGUUCAUCUCGACGGAUGGGGCCAGCACGGACAAGACGCACAUCUGGAACCGGUUGCAGCGAGAUUACCAAUGCUGCGGCUACAGUAGUAUACACGACUACAGCAACAGGAAAAGGGACAUUCCAACGUCCUGCUUCGACUCGAUUAACAACAAGCUGUACAACGUCGGUUGUAUGCACUUGCUGGUCAAAGGCAUGGAAGCCAACAUGAUUCGGGUGGCAAUCGUGGCCAUCGUGGCUGCCCUAAUACAGAGUCUUGGCAUUUUCUGCGUCAUCCAGCUGGUAAUGCUGCUGAAGAAACCGAAAAUGCAGCUGCCCAACGGGGACAGCCGGCUUCAUUCGAUGCGAAAAAUGCGACCCCGGGAGAUGGUCCCGCUGUCCACCACAGCCACCUCCAGCAGCAGCGGCAUAAUUCUGCCCACGACGGCAAGCUCCACGAUGGCCACGGCACCGAUGGGCACCUUUGGCCACAGCAGUACAAGUGGCACCAUGGCGAAGCCGCCGAUCGCGCAGAAACCGGUCGUGCCCAAAAUUGAACAUCCCAUCAUCAAACAUUGAGCAUUUCGUUUUAGGAUUUUAGGUUACUUUUUUAAAAGCUGCAUUUUUUCGAUCUUCAUUCAAAUUCACACGUGGUUAGAUUUUAAGUCAAGAGUAUGUAUCGGUUCAAAUUGACUCCAAAAUGCUCCUUAUUGUAGCGCGUUAGCAGCACAAGCAAGCCAUUUCGUCCAAUAACAUGUUAUUACCUUGUAAGAAACGAAGUACUUAUCAUCGUGUAGGAUAUUCGUAGUAUUUAGCGCCCUUUUAGGUAGCUUGUAAGGUCCAACGAUUUGGACGCGUUAAAUAUCUGACAAAUUUUUCUGCAACUACUGUAUAUCUGCCAACUUUCGCGAUAAUUUACUGAUAAGUUGGGUUUCGAACACUUCCACAAACGAAAUACCCCGCGCAACGGAAAACAGUUAUGGAUCAGGAAUUAUUUUUAAAAUAAAGAAAUCAAUAAAUUGGAA